AUGACUAGUAGAAUAGUAAUACAUAAUAAUGGAAAAAUAGAUUUUGAAAGAAUCAAAGUUAAAGAUAUUGAAAAAUUCACCGACGCAAUGGUCGUAUUACCAGAAAAGAGCAUUGAUUUAAGGGAAAAAAGGAUAGGAUUAAUAACUCACUUUUCUUUCACCUCGCACCAAGAUAUUGGCGAAGGAGAUACUAUCACUAUACGAGGUAUUAAUUUGAAUAGUCCCGGAGUAAGAACUAACGAAGGUAAAGAUGCAUUAUACAUUGGAAUACAUUUUGACGAGGUGGUUGUUAAUGAAAGGGCUGAAAGACCAGGUGAAAAGGUUUUAAGUUGGAUAAAUGGUUCGCGGGGUUUUCGCCUCCAUGCUUCGGACAACGGGCAUAACCAAUUUUUUAGUUUUAUAUCGGAAUCAGAAGAGGAAGAAGAUAUGCAUAUACCAAGUUAUAAGGUUGAUAAUUUGGAAAUUAUUACGGAUGAAUUAGAAAAAAGUGGUAAUAUUAUUCAUCCUGGUAUUUUUCUAUCUGAAACUAGGUAUAAGCGAAUAUUUGAACGGUUAGUAAGAAAUAAAUCCGCUGAGGAAUACGACAGAAUUGAUGAUGCUGAUAAUUCAAAAAGUCAAUUGCGUGAGGUUGUCAUAGACCAUAUUUACGAAGCAAACAAAGAUGAGGAGGGAAAUUAUAAACUCAGCGGCAGACAAAACGAAGGAGAAAUUGACGAAGCAGAAUUAACGGAGAUAGAAGACUUAAUUUGGGUGUUUAGAGAAAGCGGCAAUUCCCAACUUACUAAUAAUGAUUUAGAAGUUGACAAUCGGGAUUGGCGAAGACAAAUUGAACGAUUAGAAGAACUAAUCGAAGAAGCGAAAAAACUAACUGAUUACCAAGAAUUAGCCACCAAAUUAAAACAAAUAAACGAUUUUUACGGACAAAGAAUUUAUGAAGAAAAGAUAACCGAAAUAAACGCUCUAAAAAAGAGAUUAGCCGACUUAAACCCGGAACAAUAUUCUCGAACUAAUGAAGAAAUGAUUGAUAAUGAAUUAAACAAAGGGCAUUUAAACCAAAAUGAUUUAGACUCCGAAGCCCAAGCAGCCUUAGAUAAACUAAAAAACGGAACUGAAAAAGACCCGUCGAAAAUUGAUGAACUGAAAAACAUAGUUAGUAAUAGCAUUGGCACCAAAGUUGCUUUAAACAAGUUAGAUAAACUACUGGAAGAAUACGAAAAAAUUCCGUCCACUGAGCCAGAGAGAAAAAAAGCCGCCAAGAAAAAAAUUAUCGAGUUUUACAGUCAAAUUGGUUCUGACCUUUUCCAUAAAAAAGCUUAUGAGGCACGUCAGCAAGCAGUUGAUGAAAUAUUAGGAAUUUCUCAACAACAAACUGACUCUCCGGUUAUUCCCCUAGUAAUCGUCGGUUCCUUAUUUCUUUCUUUAAUUGCUGCCUUGAUUUGA